AUGGAAAGAGCAUCACCAAUUGAUAAGCGGCAGUCGUCAUCGCCAAUGGAGUCACAGGCUAAUCGGCGAAAUAGGCUGUCGUUCGUUUGCCAGGCUUGCCGUCGUGGAAAGACAAAAUGCGAUCGAGAAAAGCCCAGCUGCACUCGUUGCCUUAAACAAGGCAUCAAUUGUGUUUACGACGUAGAGCGACAAACUCCACCAAGACACCCCAACAAAGACGCGACCAUUGCUAGACUGAAACGUGAAAUAGAGUACUGGCAAAGUAGAGCAUUGACGCAGGCUACGAACGGCAACUCCUGCUUGCACAACGAGAGCGUCAAGUCAGAACCGUCCUCAGUGACAGCAUCGCAGUCCGGACAUAGCUCGCCAAAUGCCGCUUUCACAUCUGGCCGUUUCAAGGGCCUGUGUGAUGUCAUGAUAGAUCUACGGCAAUUCCAACCCAAUUUGAUCAUUACUCAGAAUACCAGCCGAGACGUGAAACCCUCGUCAGAUAUGGCCCAGGUCCGUCAAGACAGCUUUUUGGCGAUAUUUUUUGCAUCGUUUUUCGCAGCGGCAUCUGAAAAUACGCUGAUCAACUCAUUCAACUCCAACGACGGUGUUCCGUACGCGAAACGUUUGAACCUGAGAUCCGAUCUCAUGAAUUUGCAGGACCGUAUGCUUCGCAAAUGUACCAAUACGGUACAGCAGGCGCGAGUGACCAGUUUCUCGGAAAGGAUAAUGCAAGAGCUAGGAGGUUCUAGAGAUGUGCGUAACGGCAUUUUUCUGAACCUUUUGAACUCCAAAAUGUCCCGAAAUCUGAUAGAAGAUGUCAGCGCUGACGAAAACGUCUACUCUUUGGCCUUGACCCAGCUCAUCAAGAAGAUGGAGGACCAGCUGCCACCUUUCCCUGUGCUAAUGGCGUACAAAUCCUACUUCUUUCUUUGCGUUUUCCACCAUUUUCCCUUCGUCGAUCGGGGUAUUUUCGAGGAGGCCUUAGAGAACGUUAUAACGGUCAACCCUCAGCAUCCUCACAAAAUAAAACUGAGGCUUGGUAAACAAAAUCUGCGGGUAAAGGUCGAGAAUUUGGCCAUUCUAAUGGUGAUGAUCGGCAUCUCUUAUAAUUCAAUGAAAUUUGAGCUGGGAAUGUCGUCCACUUUGAAGCCUACUUAUUACGAUACAAUGGCAAACCAGACUUUGAUAAACCAACAUCCAAUCACGGACGAGACUAUAUUGCUGUCUCAGCAGAUCAUUGCAGCGCUCGAUUUUAUGAACUCGACCACAGAGAAUACUAUUUGCUGUUUACUGUAUCUCUGGACGUUUUACGCUUUUUCCCCCGAGGAGGGCGAUUUUUAUUAUGGGCAACCCACAGAGUUUGUGCUGGGAAUAACAUCGAUUCUGGCUACCAAUAUUGGGUUACAUCGGGAUCCAUUACAAUUUCGUCAGUUUCAGGACGAUUCGGCAGUUGAUAAAAGGCUUGUGAAUUAUCGAAGAAUUCUAUGGAUGAGUCUCAGAACUAUCUUGAACUCAGAAUCAGCUUUGAAAGGAAGAUGUCCCAGAUCCAUCAAGGAUUCUAUCUGCUCCUCAGACUUUGACUACUUUUCGCCAACAUUGAUGAGCCAAAUGGUAAAAGACACUGUAGGUUCCGGUGAAGAUCAUAAAAAAACGUAUGCUGAGACCUUCACAAAACAAAGAACGUAUGAUCUUCUGUCUCGGUUCGAAAGGAUAUGGUCUUCAUCACAGGGUGAAGCGGCCCUCAGUUCCAUAGGCACUUUGGUCCAAGACGUGGAAGAACAUAUUGAUAAAUUGUACAGUCUUGUUGAUCUCGGCUACGGAAAAAAGCCUAUCUUAAAUCGACCAGUGUUAAGCGAGCAGGCCAGACAGAGGAUAUUCGCUGAGGCUACCGAAAAAGCUUCGAACUUUCAAGCUUAUAUCAUUGCUCAGCUGAUUCUGACUAGAACUUCGUUCACUAUCUUCAUUUAUUUUGAAACGAAAUGCAAAGAGUCUUAUCAGGAAUUUUACCCUUUUUACGAGACCUUUUUUGUUGAUGUGGUACGGAGAUUCUUGAAGUUGAGCGAAGUUUACUGUCAAUAUUACAGUGGAGAGUUAGCGGAGAGUUUUAUUCCAUCUGCCUCGUUUGUUAUUGAUAAAGCGAUGCAAAUGAGUAUGGGUACUAUUUUUUAUACAGCGGUUGCAAUGAUGUUGAGGCUUACCCAUGCAAUUGACAUUAUUCAGGACAAAAUUGCUCGAGAGAAGUACUUUCAGGAUAAAAGUACGGAAGCGACAGUUUUCGAACUUACCAAGAAGCUGGAGGCUCUCAAUGCUAUAAACAAUAGACUCGAGAUGAUUUUUGACAGACUGUGCCAUUUAUCAACUAAUCACCUCCGGUUAACAUUCUUUUCUGCAUUCAAGAUGUUGCUGUUUUUCGAUCAUAUUCUACAACUAGUGAAGAAGAAGGAGAUGACCAAAACUAUGAGUCAACUAGCACAGCUAGACCUCACAGAAAAAACAAAGAGGAAUUUGUUUUUAGGAUUUGGGUUCGACGUGAAAAAGACAGGUCAGAUGUUCAACGAUUUGAGGAGCACAGUUUCUUUGUCCAGAAUAAAAACGGAUGUCCUUCAUGAUAUUCAACGCGAGGUUGAUCGUAUUGCUGCUUUCCAACUUCGCCCAGACGAGAAGUACGCAGCAAGCACAGUCUCUAAAGACACUAUCCCUGAUGCUCUACCGCAAUUUAAUAACGGAUCUCAAACUGUGAACAUGAGUCCCUCCCCAUCGAUCGGACAGUUACAAAACGGUGGGGAAUCAACUGAGUGUCUGCAGCUUCCUUUCAAUUCAGAACUGGACUUUAAUCACAUAGAAUUGUUUGACUUCGAUUUCGAUUUCCUGCUUGGAGGCAUGUGA